AGUUAGUAGUACUGUGGUAAAGAAGAGUCAACGACGUACUGCACAUGGGGGGGUCCACUAUCGUUGAAGCUUGAGCAAUGACGAUCCAUCUAAUUUUUUUUCUCUUAAUUUUUAUUCUAUCCAAUUCCCUGAAAUCCAAUAUCACCCACCAAAUCCCAUCCACCCGCCAUCCUAAUCCUUUUGGCGAUAUUAUUUUAUUCUCUUCCAGAUUUUAUUUUUUUUCCUUUUCAACUUCUUCACCUUCACUCAAUCAUUUCAAUCGCGCGUUUGUUUGACGGCUAUAGCGCUGUCAAAUGAACCUGCAACGUCCAAUAAUACCUUUUCUCCAUUCACCCUCCCCUCCUGGCGUCAUCUAAAUGCCCACCAUCUACUCAUCCUUGUACCAGAACUUCAUCCGCCAAGGAUUCACAAAAUCUUUCACCCACGGCUACGCGCAAUCUGUCGUAGCCGCCACCCAUCCCCAUGUUCUAAAUUCGCAAAAUCGCCCGUCGUUCGCGCGGCGUAACAGUCAGCGCGUUGGACGCCUUUCUAGUCUCCAGCUUCAGAAUGCUUUCCAUAACUCGGCGAAUGCUCAACAUGAGCUUCGCCAUGACAAGAAUACGAGCAAUGGUAACUUGGAUGCCUACUUCGAGGCAUUGAAGAAGCAGCAGGACACUGGUGAUGAAGUUGAACCGGAAUGGACCCAAUUCCAGUUCCCCAAGCCUAUAGAAUGGAGACCGAACGCGUCUUCUAUUCUGGAAGGCCCCGAGUCCCAGGUCCAAGAUGCCGAAGCCGCUGGCGCUGCCGAGUCGGCUGAAGCUAACCAAAAUGGGGCAGAUGAAUUGCCAGUCCCCGUUGAUGAUGUGACAGCAUUGGCGCAUAUCGAUGCUGCCAUUGAGAAGGAGAUUGAAGUACGUGGUUUGCGGCAGGCUUUGGAGGAGAACACCGGACUCCUACUCAAUGAGUUAACUCCAUCCAUUGUCAGCGGUAUCCAGUCACGAGCUCGAACUCCUGUCUCUGAGAGGCCGGCGACGCCUGCGAGCAUCAACCGUACCGUAACUCCGCCGGUUGAUUCUCAAUCCCAAAGUUAUGCCGACCAUCUUAGCAAGCUUUCUGAAGAUGGUCGUUACGCUGAAAUCCCUGCCGUUUUUGAGGCCAUGCUGGUUGCUGACAUCAAGCCCAUCGCUGCAGCCUACAAUGCUUUGCUGGUCGCUGCUAUUCACGUCCCGAUUGAGAAGAUUGAGGUUGUGUCUAAGGCCUUGGAUGUCUACGCCGACAUGAUGCGACGAAAUAUCCUGCCAGAUAGCGAUACAUACAAUAUUCUUGUUGGUUUGUUGUCUGCUAGGUGCCUCGAAGUGUCUACUCUGAAGAAGAGUUUGGAGGAUAAACGCCUUCGCUUCGGCGGGAUGGAUGAGCCUGGAAAGUUUAUGUUCGCAUCGAAUGAGCUGGAACACGCCAUUCUUUCUGAGGAUGACAGGCUUGAUCUUGCCAUCAAGUUGUUCGAGACGUCUGUCUUGACGCGCAAGGCCAACUACUCCUCUGAAACCUACCACCAGCUUAUUUCAGCUUGUGCUCAAGCCGGACGUGUCUCUGACAUGCUUCACAUGUUUGAGCACAUGGAAUUAAGUGGUGCCGUCCCCUUUGCCGCUACUUUCCCCUCCAUGAUCACUGCAUUUGCCAAUACAGGUGACCUGGCUAGCGCCAUCGAAUGCUAUAACGAGUAUAAGGACCUUGCAGUCGCUCACGACAACGGAAAAUAUACUUUGAAUGAUCGAUUAGACUCCCGAGUUUACGCUGCAGUCAUCAAUGCAUACAUCAUCAAUGACAAGUUGAAGGGCGCUGAGAGGUUUUACGAAAAAAUUGUCGAUGCAAAAGGCGCCCAUGUCUCUGAGAUUCGGGAUGCCAUUGUUAGCAGUGGAUUUGUUAAAGCUUUUACAGCGAGGGGCAUAUAUCACGAAGCGCUGCGGUGGGCUCAGAACAUUGAGAACAACUCGCGCUUAAGCGCUUUUGCUGGAAUUGCUACUGCUGCUGCCGAUUCUGGAGAUAGAAAUACUGCCAUUGACGCUUUCGCUAACAUCCCUUCGGCAUUUCAAGGUAUUGCAACUCCAGCGAUGGCUUUACUGGCUCUCAGUGUACGACAAGGCGAUGUUCUAGCUGCUUCACAAUACUGGAAUGUGCUGAGCAACCCCGAAAUAAAUGUUGACUCGUCCUUCAUCGAGCCAGCGGCCAUGUACGCUGUUGCAAUGAUUGGAUCGGGACAAGUUGCUGAAGGGUUAACCGAAUCUGAAUUGAUGUUCCAGCGGAUUAGAGCCGCCGAGAGCGAGGCUAGACCCCAUGUAUCGGAUGAAAUAGAAGAGGGUAUGGAGUUCAUAUCGCGAUUUAUGGCUGUCCGUGCCAUCACAGAUCCUCGAGAGGUCGCUUCCCAAUCCAGCUUUGCUGCUCAGACUUUCUCCGCUUCGCCUUACCCAUCGACUCCUACCGUCUCGAGCUUCGAGGACAAUUUCGAUCCGUAUGCUCACAACACCGACUUCAAAGGCUCUUCAAUUAUUUCGGAUGAGUUGGAAGGCGCCCACGGACGCAAAGGACCUAGACUCAAUGAGGCGCUCUCCCGCUUCCGCAACAUGCGACGUGUAGGACGCCAUCCUCGAUAUAUCACCUACGCCAAGAUGAUUUCCGCUGCGGCCCGUGAGAGCAAGAUGGACCUCUGCCACGAUAUUCUCGCCAUGGCACGAACUGAUGUGCCGUUCCUCCCGCAAUAUUCCGUUGUUCGUUAUGGCUGGUCAUCUAUUCUUGAUGCUAUGGUUGGCGCCUGCUUAACGCUCAAUGAUCGUGUUCUGGCAGAGCAGUAUCAUCUCGAGCUUCUAGAAAUGGGCGCUGCUCCAUCAGCAAACACCUUCGGUCUCUAUAUCACUACCCUCAAGGAAUCUACCAAGACUUUUGACGAAGCUUCGGAAGCUGUCAAGAUCUUCCACCGUGCUAAGAAUGAGGGUGUUGAGCCUUCGUCGUUUUUGUACAAUGCCCUAAUUGGCAAGCUCGGCAAGGCUCGACGUAUUGAUGACUGUCUUUUCUAUUUUGCCGAGAUGCGUGCUCUGGGUAUCAAACCGACUAGCGUAACCUACGGAACGAUCGUCAACGCGCUGUGCCGAGUUAGCGAUGAGAAAUUCGCUGAGGAGCUCUUCGACGAGAUGGAGUCCAUGCCUAAUUACAAAGCUCGUCCAGCACCAUACAACAGCAUGAUGCAAUUCUUCCUUACUACUAAGCGUGACAAAUCAAAGGUUCUGGCCUACUACGACCGCAUGAACGCCAAGGGAAUUGCCCCAACAGCUCACACUUACAAGCUUCUCGUCGACACCCAUGCCACCCUUGAACCGGUGAACAUGACUGCCGCCGAAGCUGUGUUGGACAUGAUUCGUGCUUCUGGCCAACGUCCUGAACCAGUACAUUACGCUUCAUUGAUCCAUGCUCGUGGUUGCGUUCUUCACGACAUGCAAGGCGCACGAAAAGUAUUCGAAUCAGUCAUGGGCGACCCGACCAUCCCCCCCAAUGCUUGCCUCUUCCAGGCAUUGUUCGAAGCCAUGGUUGCCAAUCAUCGUGUCGCCGAUACUGAGGCUGUCCUGUCUCUCAUGCGACAAAAACGCAUUGAGCUUACACCUUACAUCGCCAACACCUUGAUACAUGGCUGGGCUAGCGAGAAGAACAUCAACAAAGCUAGCGCCGUUUACAACAGCGUUGGUCGUGGGAAGCGCGAGCCUAGCACGUACGAGGCAAUGACUCGUGCCUUCCUUGCUGUAGAGGAUCGCGAGCGCGCCAAGUCAGUUGUCGGCGAGAUGCUCUCGAGAGGUUAUCCUAGUGCUGUUGUCAACAAGGUCCUAGAACUUCUCGGUGGUGGCAGCAACGAAGAGGCAGUAUCUGCUUCGGCGCUAUGAGCGUCGCCUUAUUUCUUUAUCUCAUUUCCUUUUGCUUCAAUACGAUACCCCGUGUUAUGUUACAGGAGGUUGAAACGAUUCUCUUUACGGGGUUGUCGGUUGCGGUGAAGGGAUAGCAUUGCUUGUAUCAAGCUAGGCGUUAUACGGAGUGUUUUUAAAAUCGGGGUUAUGGACCAGGCAUUUACGAAUGGGGCAUCGACUGGCAUGUCGGUAAUAGACAACUCUCAACUUUACAUAUACUGAUAAAGAACUUCCUUUUUUAUGUCAUCUACAAGGCAAAAACACUAGGUCAAAGGGGCUCCCAGGGCGUCGGGCAACGGUUUUGUCCGCGACAUUUGAAAAAAGGGAGCGGCGUUUGGAAGGGCUAAUUAGUUGGUAGACGGAACCAUACUCAGUGGGCAUUUAUGAUGAUGUGACGCUGGUAUGGUUGGUAGUUCUGUCUUGUAUGAUAGAUGCAAAUAUCAUGGAAGUUUGUUCGAA